CCUAAGAAGCCAAUAUAUCAUGAACAACACCCCGUUUUGGCAGACUCAGCGUCCUGUAAAUCCCUAUGGACGCUUCGAUGCUCCCUAUCCCCACUUCGGUUCCGACGGAUUCGAACCCUUUUUAAAUCAUCCCAUUUCCUUCCAAGCCGCCGCGAACCCUAUUAGAGGUUCAAGGCAUCCAUGGCAGAUGCCACACCCACCCCUCGGUUUUCCAGGUUUCACAGACUAUCAACGUGCUCCUGCUCCGGUAGAAACAUAUUGGUUCGAAGCUUUCCCCGCUAGAUCAGUUAAUCCAAGGUUUUCAGGGCCUCUUCCGAGGACCUCGAGUACUCGGCAAGAGAAUUCGAGAUCGAAUCAAGAGGAGGAAAACAAAGUAUUAAGUAAGCUGAAGAAGGAAAUUUAUAAUCCGAUGCAGAAGCAGAUGACGAAGAGAUUGAAUUCGAAUUACCGAGAUAAAAAACUGGGUAAUGAGAAGGGAACAGAGAUGGAUGAAGAUGGGAAAAGGUGUGCAGUUUGCUUGGAAGAUUUCGAGGCCAGAGAGAAUGUGAUGGUGACUCCAUGCAAUCAUAUGUUCCAUGAGGAAUGUAUCCUGCCGUGGGUGAAGGAUCACGGACACUGUCCGGUAUGCAGAUUCGUGCUCAGCGAUCGUAUUAGAAGGACACCGUCUUCCGAUAACAACACCCUGAAUGCAAAUGAGUUGCUCCAGAGAGAAAUGAACUCGAUUAUAAGAGCUAUGGAGGAGGCUUUCUUGUGGGACAAUUCGCUCUGAUACAUACAUAUAUGCAUUUCUUGUACUCAAAUCCCUGAUAUUUUUAAUGGUGAAUUACUGAAAAAUAAAAAAAAUAUAUAAUAUUAAAUA